AGUGCCUGGAAACUUCCAUUUCACUGUAUCUGAAGAAGUGUGCAUGCACACGAAAGCUCAUACCAAAAUAAAAACUUAGUUGGUCUUUAAGGUGCUACUGAAGGAAUUUUUUUUAUUCCCACAGUUUGGUCAGACUCAUGUUCGUAGCUUCGAGAACAUUGUCCAACCAUCUCGUCCUCUGUCGUCCCUUUCUCCUAGUGCCCUCCAUCUUUCCCAACAUCGGGGUCUUUCCAGGGAGUCUUCUCUUCUCAUGAGGUGGCCAAAGUAUUGGAGCCUCAGCUGCAGGAUCUUGCCUCCAGCAAGCAGCAGGAGGAACUGGCAAGCCACUCCAGUACCCCUGCCAAGAAAACUCCGUGGUGUCUGCUAUAGUGACUUCAAAAUUCAGCAGAAGCAGACAACAAACACAUUACAUAUCUUCCUCCCCUCCUGUGCCUUAUCAAUACCUCUGGUGUGCAAAUUCAAACAGGGAUUUGUAUUCCCACAGUUCCUCCGGCUUGAAUUGCAAAUUGUGGGUAAGCUCAGAGAGGGAGUGAGACUGAUAUUCCUUAUCAGACUCAAGGCUGCCUUUGCAUUUUUUAUAUCCCUGCACCAACCCACCCCCCGUUUCUCUGCCACAUCUGACAUUUUCACACACACAAAAUCCCUGGGGACAAAUUCUUGCUGACCUCUUCUUUAUAAGAUCCUGACAGUGACCAUCGAUUCACCAUCUCUAGCAUAGCUUCUGAUAGCUCUAGGUUUUGGAUGGUGCCUAUAGGACGGUAAAAAAACAGCUUAGCAAUGUUGCUGCCUUUCCUCCUCUACGGGGCUGCACAUUUUCUCGCAGGCGCAAAGGGAGAGGUGGUCCAGGAUUUCAAAAACUGCCUCGAGUUCUUCUUGGACAAGAUGCCCCCCGGAGAGUCUCUGACGCCGCCCAGGGAAGCCAAAAUCUGUCAAUUCUACAAGAAUGCCUAUCGCUUUGCCACGAUGUACGACCGGGAGAAGCGGAUUCCCAUCUACUCGGCUUACAAGUGUCAACCUGGGAAGGGACACAGAUAUCAAGGGUGGAUGAUAGAGCCACAGCUCGUAGAUCCCACUUUGGGGAAGGGAAUGGAAGACGAGCGUGAAACCAACGUUGCUGCCGCAGGGAUCAAGAAGAGCCAAGCCACUUUCGACGAUUAUGCGCAGGCCUUGAGCAUUGAAAAGGGGCACUUGAACCCAGUGAGCCAUCAACCGGACGAAGACAGCAGAGCGGCCACUUCCACUUUGACCAAUAUUGUGCCCCAGUUUAGCAAGCUCAACGAAGACGCCUGGGCCGACCACGAGAGUCUCAUCAAGAAAGAAGCCCAGGCUUGCCGUGAUAUGUACGUCCUCGUGGGAGCUGUGCCCGGGGAUGAGUAUAUCUCGGACCUCAGGGUCAAUAAGCCUAGCCACAUCUGGUCGGCAGCUUGCUGUGUGCUUGAUAACCAGCACAGAAAAUCCUGGGCUGCCCUUGCGAAAAACAGUGAGAAUGAAGUAAAGGGAUACAGUUUGGAGACCCUACAGAAAAUCCUAGCUGAGCUUUAUGGGAAGAAGAAAGUGGAUCUUUUCAAUGGUUCCUGUAACUAGUGUGCAGCUGGUUGUGGGGAGAGCUGGUUUUAUCCCCAAGUUAGAGGAAGGAUGUAUAAAAUCAUCUCCCAGCCAGAGAUGCUCACAAAGUCCUCUCACUGCCAAUUCACAGGUUGUGAAAAGAAAUUGGUGGUGAAUUGAGAAGAUGUCCUUUAAAAAAAAAAAGAUAUCUCUUUUUAAAAAAAGCUGUACACAAAUCUUGUUAAAUAAAAUGAAACAUAUGACGUGUUUCUAGGUGGUAGCCGUUUUAUUGUUGUUAUCAACAUUGCGCUCUAUAAAUUCUGGCCAUCUUGCAGCACAAUCCUAUUGUUGGUUUCUCAGAAGAAACUGCUGUUUUGAUGGGAUUUACUUGACUAGCCAUUGGAAAACAUCAGUAUUCAGCAAGAAUGCUUGCUUAGACAAAGAAUCUGGGACAUGGCUUUUUCUGAACAUUUAGUUUGUCAGUACUGUGUGCUGUGUGGGGGCGCGGGUGGCGCUGUGGGUUAAACCACAGAGCCUAGGGCUUGCCGAUCAGAAGGUCGGCAGUUUGAAUCCCUGCGACGGGGUGAGCUCCCGUUGUUUGGUCCCUGCCAACCUAGCAGUUCAAAAGCACGUCAAAGUGCAAGUAGAUAAAUAGGUACUGCUCCAGGGGGAAGGUAAAUGGCGUUUCCGUGCGCUGCUCUAGUUCACCAGAAGCGGCUUUGUCAUGCUGGCCACAUGACCCGAAAGCUGUAUGCCGGCUCCCUCGGCCAAUAAUGUGAGAUGAGUGCCGCAACCCCAGUCGGUCACGACUGGACCUUACGGUCAGGGGUCCCUUUACCUUUACCUUUACUGUGUGUUUAGGAAAACUGCUAAGAAAGAGCAAUUUGAAAGUAUAAGGGAGACUUUCCUGUUAUACCUAAAUAGGAAAGGGACUUUGAUAUAUAUGUGACCCUGGUGACAUUAUAGAGAGGUUAUAUGCAGAUUUCAGCUUUUUAGCUUUCCCUGGUAAAAUGUGUUCUUAAAUACUAUAAGGACACCAAUGACACAGCACUUUUUUUUGAUGCAAAUCUCUUCAUUUCAUGAGGCUCAUAUGUCUGUCUUACGUACCCCAAAGAUUCUUCUUUUGUUAGCGAGAGUUUCUCCUCUGUAGGUUUGUAUGAACACAUUUCAAACCCAAUUAAAAAUAUUCAAAAAGUAAAGCAAUAAAGCAGCAGAAGAAAAAACCCAAUGCACUAUUAUUGUGUCAUAAAAUCAUUGAAUUGUAGAGUUGGAAGGGACCCCAAGGGUCAUCAUGUCCAACCCCCUUGCAUGCAGAAAUCUCAACACGCAAGUCUCCCAUCCAGCUUGAAACCACACCAGACCCUGCUUAGCUUUGCUAAACGUGCUUCACCAUGGCUGCAGAAUACACCAGCGGUAAAACACCAGUCUGGAGAUGCCCAUAAACCAGGCUCCUUCGGGCACAACACUAAAUGGCAACACAACAAGAGGAGAUAGAUUUUUUUUAAGGCAGCAGCAGCCAAAUAAACUGCUCCGUAUCAUCAUCAGCUAACAAGUGAAUCACUGCAAAGGAAUUCAUGUUGCAAGGGGUCAAUUUUGUGCAAGCUUGUUGUGUUUAGUCAAUUUUGACCUCUGUUAGCUUCACUUGCGCUUCCUCGGGACUAUUCGUACUCCUUCAUUGGAUCCUUUGCCCAGGGACUGAAGGAUCUGGCCAGCUCCUGACUGGUCUCAUCCUCAAUUGGCCACCCCCAGGCUUUAAAGAAAGGGCCCAGGUUUUUCUUCACUUCCGCAGAGAAGCGUAUUGCCCACUGGUUCAUCUUGAACUUGUUGUCAUUUAUGAUGUCGAUUACCUUUUGGUACCUUGCGAAUAUGUGAAUGUAGGGGUCCCAGCCAAAGGCCUCCUGCAACUGAAGAAAUAUAUAUAUUCAGUCCCUUUCCUAAGGACUUCAGGACAAUUUCCAUGCUGCAUCCCCUGUCUCUCUGCAGGCUUAUAAUCAUGCUACCGAAAAGAGUAGCUGUUUUCACCAUUUAGAUCGUUCCCAUGGCUUCUCCCCACUCCUACUGUUGAGAACAAAUGAGACUAGCAACAAAACAGUUCAGAAUGAAGCUUGGGAGGAACCAGGAUUUCUGUUGGGGGGGGGGCAGACCUUUUGUUGCCCCUCCUGUCCCCCCCCCCCCGGCUACACCCAAAUUACUAUUUGUUCCGAUUCAGCAUUUAAAAACAGGUUUUCCUGGGGAAAGAAAAAGUGGACAUGAACCAAAAGUGUAGGCCUAUGCAUAGUGGCUAGGAAAACCCAGCCAAAUGGGCAGAGUAUUAACAUUUUAUUAUUAUUAUUAUUAUUAUUAUUAUUAUUGACAGUGUGGGACAAAAGUGUAGGAUAAUUGUGGAUGAGCCCUUCCGUAUGGUCAGUCCACCUUGAGCUUGCAAUUUUCUCCCCGUUUCAAGGCACAAUGCCAUUCUGGCACCAGAAGCAACAAUACUCCAAAGUUCUCACUGAACUACAUUUCCCAGAAGUCCCUGGGAAUGUGGAACGUUCUGCAGGCCUACUCAGACCUGAAUCCCAUCCAGUUCGAUCAGAUGCAACUUCCAAGUUAGGGUUUGCAGCACAGCAGCCUGAGCCAGUUCAAUUCUGACUUCUGGGUUUUAAACCCAAGCUGUGCCUUUGGCGCUUGGGUAUGUGAGACAUACCUGAGGGGCCUUCAAAGCCCUGUUUCUCAAAGCACAGCCCUGCUGGCAUCCUGCCUCCCUUUUAUAAUUAAGUGGGAGCCAGCUGACACAUGCCAGAGUGCCAGACCAAAAAACGGGACAUUCUGGGAUCCAAUCAGAAGCCAGGAUGGCGUCCAGGGGCAUACCCAAGAUCAAAACUAGGGGGGGGGGCAAGCCAUGGUUCAGGAGGCUGGCUGCUGCAAGUCAGUUCCCCAUUGGCCUGAUGCAGUGGUGAACUUUCCACCUAGGUGGCGGCAGAGCCCCCUUCUUGCAGCGCCCUCCCCGCAUUGGCACCCAGGGCCGUCUUAAGCAUAUCUGGCGAUCCCUCCGGCGCCCACCCUUUCCCAGAGUUGUUGACCUUUUUUAAGGGAGCUGACACCACGCUUACACUCAAUCUCAGGGUUGUGGUUCCAAGCCCCAUGUUGGGCAAAAGAUUCCUGCAUUGGAGGGGGUUGGACUAGAUGACCCUGGUGGUUCCCUUCCAAUUCUGUGAAUGGUUCUGUUAUUCUGUUGUAUCUGAAGGCCCGUUCACAGGGAAGAUGGAGCAAACUUGUUUUGUGAGAGAUGCUUGUGGUGUGAUUCCUGCAGUGGAGGGGGUUGGUCUAGAGGACCCUUGGGGGUCCCUUCCCAUCCAGUUCUGUGAUACUAUGAUUAAAAUACUCAGCAAAGGUGUGCAGAAGAGAGACAGAUACAUAUUAUUUCCAUCUGAAAAGUUGGUAUUGAGGCAAAUGUGAAGAAUAACCAACAGAAACAAAACCAUGGUGUGUGCAUUUUUAUAACAAAAUAAAUCUGCAUUAGAAUUGUUGUUUUAGUUGCAGGAUACACCCCCCCUUUUGUGGUUUUGAGUGAUCUAUAUCCAUACCUUUGAAUUGAUAAACAUGUCUUAAGUUUGCUUCAGAAAAUUAAGAAUUAACAGCUCCCUAAACCCAUUUGGGAAAUUUCUUGAUAUUGAUGUUUAUGUAAUCACGAGGCGCAGUUUAUAUACAUUCUGGGGGAGGGGGAUUUGUUAUCCAAUUUCUCUAUCUUCUUACUUUAGUUUUCCAGGGCUUUGUUUAUUUAUUCUUAAAGCAUUCAAAAACAGCAACUGGUUUUUGCUGUACAAAUUUGUUGAAAAGAUGAUCUACAUGCAGCACUCUUCUCUGGUGCUCAGUGAUGGAGGGGAGAAACACAUGUUAACAAAGGGGGGGGACACUUCUCAGUUAGCUCAUAAUGUCCCCUGCUGUUCAAUUGGGAUCGUAAAGGGUAUGCCUUAAUGAAGGCAGGUGAAAAAACCUAAUGAGCGUGUUCCUUCUGCAUUGAAAGAUCACUUAGGAGCUGCAAGAACUUUUGUGUUAGCAGAAUGCACAAAUUAGGUCUGAAAUCAUCACACACACACCAAGACCACAAAGGCCUGACACUUGGUGCAGCAGAGUCCCUUUCUCUCCCUCAUAAGCAAUUUUGCACCUUGUGUCUUUUUUCUUUUCUUUUUCCUCAAGGUUUGAAUUUAUGGUGAUCUAGUGAAAAGGGACCCAAUUUUAUUGUUCCUUUUUUUUUUUUUUGCUUAGUGCAUAAGGAAUGUGGGCUAGUGCAUAAGGAAUGUUGACUAGCCAGUAGCCUGUGCAGUUUUUAAACUCCUGGAACAGUCCCCAGGGUGAGUCACACCAUUUAAGAUAGAACUUAAGAUACGUUAAAAAGCAGUUUAAUUGUCUUUGGCUACACUGCAGAAGUUUUUGUUCUUAAAGACCAACUAAGUUUUUAUUUUGGUAUGAGUUUUCUUCAGAUGAAGAAAUCCCUCUGAAACCCUGGUUGCUAGGCGACGAGAACGAUAGGCAAUUGACAGGCAAUUGACGCUGCAGGCUCAGACAAUGAUAACUAUUAAGAGCAAUUUAGGUGGCUGGGCAAAAGGACAACAGAGCAGGCAAGAUAAAGUCACAAUAAAGCUAACUACUGUACUUGCCCCAACGAGCUAGGCUGACCUUCACUGGCCGAAGAUGGGGGGGGGGAAGCUCCACUCCCACAAAGACAAAUAAAAUAAAAUAAAAUAAAACAGCCGUGCAGCCGGGACACGCUUCCCUCAGCCACACGCAUGCCCCACAAAGAUAUGUUAUUAAUCCCAACAGAGGCAAAGACGGGGAGUGAGGAAUAAGGGGGGAGAAGCCAAGCAGCAGCAGGAAGGGGAAAAACACUCCCAGAUGCAGGAAGGGAAAAAUGCUCAGCCACGCUCCCAGAUGCACCCCUCCCCACCAAAAGCCUUUGCUAAACUGUAAAGCAGUUAAAAGGCAGAACAUGCCCAAUUAGGAAGUAAUCAGCAAAGAAAAAAGCCUCCGAAACAAGACCCCCCCCCCCCGAACGUUACCAGUCCCAGGGAGAAGGAACCUAUUCCGCUUCUGUGGACAAGCCAGGAAAAGCCGAAAGGGGCGAGCGGCGAGGUGCUGCCUGCUCAAAGCCCAAGGUAGUCAGCUGAGCGAAUGAGGACUGGAGGCAAUAAGGAAGGAUGGCUCAGGGCUGCCGCGGCUGUUUGAAAACAACUAGCCCCCGCCCCCGAGCCAGCCCUAUUGGCUGGGUGCAGUAGGCAGGGCGUGGCAGCUGGGAUGGCUAAGGCAAGGAGCCAAUAGCCCCCUUGCCGACGCAGGGAACCGGCUCCCGCUCACAACUCCUCCCCUUUGAGAGGCUUUGCUGGAGAGACAGCCAGGGACGGAGCGGGGAGGAGGAUGGGGAGCCGCUUUUGCCACGCUUAUUUUUUGCUUCUGGGGGCACGCGGCCCCCCUCUAGGGAGGGGCAGCGGCCCCUCCCUGCCACACGCUGGGUACACCCUUGAUGGCGUCCAUAAUUCUGGGAUGUCACGCUUAAAUCGACAGGUGACAAGAUAUCAUGCCCUGAGUAUUGCAGAGUUGGAUAUGAGCCUGUGUGUCGGGGGCUGGUCUGAAUCGGAUGCCAGAGACCGGUCUAACUCCAAAGAUGGGGGAAUGCAGGCACAGACAAGAGCAGUCUCUAACAGAGGAGGCGGGGGAGGAUUCACACACACCCCACUUUACAUGUCCCCAGAAGCAAAGAGACCAGCAGAUUCAGAGACUGCACAGACAGGGGAAGAGUUGGAAAGCUUUGAGAUAGUAGCUAGGCAACCAGGAGGGAGGGAGCGUUUAGGAGAUUAUUCAAUUGAGAGUGGUGGGGAAGUCCCUCCCUCCCCCCGAACUCGAAGGACUGAAAGGGUCUGGGAACAACGGAAGCGCUGGGGAGGGACAGGUGGCUGGUGGCACCCUGGUGGCACGCUUCUUGCUGUGGAAGGGGAUUCAGAGUGAGCAACUGCCAUCCAGCCUGAUGAUGCUCUCAGUAUGCUGUUGUAAAUAAAACGAACUAUGAACCUGCCAGAGGCUUGUUACUUCUUAUCGGAAGCUACUGGAGGGGGGGGGGAACUCCCUUGCCUGCCAGCGCACCUGACACCAUGCCAUGGAGGAAAGGAAAGAAAGAUCUGAGCAAUCGCAUGUGUGCGCAGGGGGAAUCCCAUUUCCACCUGGCUACAACAACAGGGCCGGUCGGAGCAGCUUCUGCCGCUGGUUGGCGAAGGCUGCACUGGGCUAAAGGAUCCAAGGUCUAGGGCAGCCGCUUAUUUACCUGUAAAUAGGGUUCCAGCGCAGUCCACGCUGUGAAGUCCUUCAGCUGAGCUCCACCUUGAAUAUAGUCCUUCACCCUCUUCUUCCUCACAUUGGGGUCAAGAUCCGGGUGGGCCUUCUCUCUUGGGAUGCCCAGCACAGUUUCAUUGACAUAGAUGGACCAGAGAUAGCAGGUGGCAUCCGUGGUAUGGGGUGGGAAGUCCCACCCACUCCUCUGCUGGUUGUGACCCAGCUCCCGGAGAGCAUCCCAGGCCCCCUCAGUGUACAUUUGCCUAUCUGUGAUCUUCACUGACAUGGUCACAUCAGACAUGAUCGGAUAGCCAGCAUGCAUCCCACCUGCUGGGAGAUUUGGCGACUCAUAAGACAAACUCGUUCUUCCCCACAGAAGAUGAAAUUCAUUGUGGAAAAAUCACAUACGUGCACCCCAAAGACUUUAAAAUAGAUUGUAUCAUCGUGGUUUAUGUACGCAUUGUAUUUUAACAUAUUUAUAUUCCACCUUAAAGGGUCUCACAACGAAACAGUAAGGUACAAUAGAACCCGAAAGGUAUCAUUACUUUGAAAAUAACUGCAAGUUGCGACAAUACCCCCCCCCUUUUUUUAGGCAAGGUUUCUGCAGUUUCAGGAUAACAAGCUUACAAGGACUUAUUAGCAACCCCUGAAAUAAGAUAGUAAGAUCUUGUUUUCCACUGAAAAUAAAGGGGUAAGUUUUGUGCUCAAGGUUGGACCGUGUUCUCGAAGCUACGAACAUGAGUCUGAGCAAACUGCGGGAGGCAGUGGAAGACAGGAGUGCCUGGCGUGCUCUGGUCCAUGGGGUCACAAAGAGUCGGACACGACUAAACGACUAAACAACAACAACUUCUGCUAUCAGGGACGCGGGUGGCACUGUGGUCUAAACCACUGAGCCUAGGGCUUGCCGAUCGGAAGGUCGGCAGUUUGAAUCCCCGCAAUGGGGUGAGCUCCCGUUUUACAAAAAUAUAUGCAAUGUCUCUCGUAUCAUUUUUACAAACCUCACAUAUAUUUUAGACUUGUUUUUAAAAUGGAUUUGCUUCCUCUCUUGGUCUACACAAACACACACCUGGGGAAGAGGACCCUGGGUAUUUUGGCAUUGGCAGGGAAGAAGUGGGUCAGGGAAGAGCUACAUAAGCAACAAGGGUUUGCAGAGGAUAAGAAAUACAGUCGUACCUUGGAUCCUGAAAGCCUUGCGAGUCGAAAGUUUGCCUUCCGAAAGCCGCAAACCUGGAAGUGAGUGUUCUGGUUUGCGAAUGUUAUUUGGAACCCAAACGUCCGAAGGGCUUCCGUGGCUUCCUAUUGGCUGCAGGAGCUUCUUGCAGCCAAUUGGAAGCCAUGCCUUGGUUUCUGAACGUUUUGGAAGUCCAACAGACUUCUGGAACGGAUUCCGUUCGACUUCUGAGGUCCCACUGUACUGACACUGGGAUCUGCUGCACUGGGUGGAAACUGCCACCUCAUCUUCUUCGGAUGGGAAGUGGGGAACUCGGAUGGGAAGUGGGGAAAGUAUAAAGUAUAAAGAUCUAAUAGAGGAAAAGGAAGGGAAGCUCAAACUAAAAUAAUAUGAGGAAAUAAAACAUCUCCUGACGGGAUGGAUUCAAUUCCACCAGAUCAGGGGUCUGCAACCUGCGGCUCCGGAGCCGCAUGUGGCUCUUUUACACCUUUGCUGUGGCUCCGGAGCGGAUACGAGGGGAGGAGGCGUCCGAGCCAUGCGCCGCCUGAGCCAUGUGGCGGCGCA